GAACCGAUUAGUAUAGUGCAUCAGAAAAAUAAGGAAAGAGAAGAAGAGAGAAAAAAGGUAAAAGAUAUAGACGGGUUUACAUGUUUUGACUACAAACAAUUUCGAAAGAGCCCGUAAUUUCUCAGAUGUUGAGUUUAUUGAUGGGUUUCGACGAGGUUUUGGUUUUUUUAACUAAGGACUUUUAUCUCCUGUUCUUGUCUUAUAUCCUAUAUGACCUGGGAUGCAUUUAAACUCAGCAUUCCAAACUCCAAUUAAUUCAUAUGCUGAAAUCUUCAUUACCGUCAAGUUUAUUGCUAGAAUUUGAUAUCUGCACAAGAAAAGAAAACUGUAUCAAUCACGCGAUUUACUCAAGUUCUCCCUUUCGUUCUCACCCUUCUUGAUCUUUUCCUUGUCCUGUCCCUUUCACCUUUCAUUUUCCCCUUUAUCUCUCUGUUUCUUUUUCUUCACUUCUUUUGUCUUUUCUUUUCUGUCCGUUUUCUUCUUUUGAUUUUUACAAUUCUUAGGCAAUCACAUGAAAUCGACAAAAGUAGCUCCACUUGUGGCACGGACAUCAUAUCAUAUCAAGUGUUACCCUGUUGAUGCUAGAUCAAAAUACUUACUACUAUAAUAUUAAAAAGACAAACAGAAACUUCCAAAGCACAGAGCUAAUCAUUUACAAGUGUUAAAAAAAGUUAUCCAAGUGGCUUGUGCUGUUGUGCACGCAGCGCAAUUCAAGAAGGCUAUCUUUAAGUUCAACUACAGCCAUUAGCAAAUUUGAGCUGUGAACUCUUCUCUGUAUCCUACAGGCUAAAAUGGCAGGUGAAGCAGUUAAUGUGAAUGAAUUUCAAGAGCUAGCUAAGCAAGCUCUUCCAAAGAUGUACUAUGACUUCUUUGCUGGAGGAGCUGAGGAUCAGUAUACACUAAAUGAAAAUAUAGAAGCAUUUCGUAGAAUCACUAUUAGGCCAAGAAUACUUGUUGAUGUGAGCAGAAUAGACAUAUCAACUGUUAUACUCGGUCACAAGACGUCGGCUCCCAUUAUGGUUGCCCCAACUUCCUCACAUCAAUUGGCACAUCCUGAAGGGGAAGUUGCAACAGCUAGAGGUGCUGCAGCAUGUAAUGUUAUCAUGGGAUUGUCAUUUACGGCCACAUGCACCAUUGAGGAGGUUGCUUCAAGCUGCAACGCUGUUCGCUUCUUCCAAACAUAUGUUUACAAAAGGAGAGAUAUAACCGAACUUAUGGUACACAAAGCUGAGAGCAAUGGAUUCAGGGCUAUAAUUCUCACUGCUGAUACUCCAAGGCUUGGCAGAAGGGAGGCUGAUAUAAAGAAUAAGAUGAUUUCACCUCGGUUGAGGAACUUUGAAGGUCUUAUAACAACUGAAGUAGUUUCUGACAAGGGCUCAAAUCUUGAAGCAUACGCUGCAGGAACUCUUGAUCCUUCGCUUUGCUGGAAGGAUAUAGUGUGGUUAAAAUCAGUUACCAAGUUGCCAAUUCUGAUUAAGGGCGUUCUCACUGGUGAAGAUGCAAUAAAAGCAGUUGAAGCAGGAGUUGCAGGAAUUAUUGUCUCUAACCAUGGAGCUCGGCAACUAGAUUAUACUCCAGCUACUAUUUCUGUUCUUGAAGAGGUGGUCAAUGCUGUUCAAGGCAAAGUUCCAGUUCUUCUUGAUGGAGGAAUUAGGCGAGGAACAGACAUAUUCAAGGCGUUAGCACUUGGCGCAAAAGCUGUUCUGAUUGGUCGACCGAUUGUCUAUGGACUGGCCACUAAGGGAGAGUCUGGGGUAAAGCAAGUCAUUGAAAUGCUGAAGAAUGAACUUGAGCAGACCAUGGCGCUUGCUGGCUGCUGCAAUGUGAAUGACAUAACCAGAAGCCAUGUUAAGACAGAGAAAGAAAGGUUCCUUUGUAGGAUGUAGUUUCCAUCCUCUAUUUCUUAAAUGAGUUUAAGUUCUUCGAUGUAAAAAACUAUUUAUAGAAUCAGGUAACUCUAUUUAAGUAGCAUUGAUUAGUAACCUAUGUCCUAUAAUAAGCGGUCAUAUUUCCGCGGACCUACUUAGCUUGUUGGACUCUAACUUCGAUUUCCGAAGCAGAUAUAGGCCAACUGAUCGAUAUGAGAUGCUCCCUUUUGCUUAGCAUUCUCGUACAACUAAUCCACUUUCAGAUGCUAUGCUUUCCUUGUCACCAUUGUAGGAUAAAACUUGAAAGUGGAAAUUAAAAGAUUAUGUAUUGUCUGUAUGAGAAUUGGGUUUUUUAGUUA